AUGCCACGUCUGACAAACCGCAAACAAAGAUCAAAAAAGGCUUCUGAAGCAAAGGAGCAAAAAAACAGUAUUAAAAAUUCUGACGAUAGCAAUAAUGCUUCUUAUGAUGAGGCAGUUGAGAAUAAUAAUGCUACAGGCAUUGUAAAAAGGCUUCAAGCGAGAACAAAAAAAUAUAAUAAUAAUACUAACCUCGAAGAUUAUGAUGAUGACAAUCUUUUUGCUCACAAUAAGAGAAAAAGGCAGCAACAGCGUAAAGCAGCAAAGGGAACCCCAAUGUUACAUACCUUUUGGAACCAAGAAAAAUCUGUUGAAAAAGCUGAUGAGGUAGAAUUGAGUGAUAAUAAAGAUCAGUUAGAGGAAGUUGAUGAGGAUGAUGAUAUUGGAGGGCCAUCAGAGGAUGAGAUUGAAAUCCUAUUAGAUAUUAAAAAAGAAAAUCCAACUAGUGAAGAUUGGCUUGUAAAAAAUAAUCACAAAGAAAUGAAAGCAAGCGAGAUGCGGCAGGAAAAGGGCUUUCUCUGGGAUAAAGAUAUUCUUCUUCAAAUAAAAUCAUAUGCUCAUGAAAAUAAGUGGAAUAUUACUUCACAUAUGAUUAUACUUCAGAUGAAUGAGGUCAUUCUACCAGGGCUCGGGUUUGCACCGCCUCCGACUAUUUUGCUUAACUAUUACAUUCCUGAAUUACGCGGUGAAGCUAAAGGAUUGAAAAAAGUUCUAGGAGAGAGAGGAUUGUGGCCGGAAGAAGGGUUGAGGGUGAAAGAAGCACAAGAAUUAAUGAGUCAACAACCAAACUUUUUGGCGCAAAAAGGAUAG